AAGACUCCAAUAUCUGACAGGACGAUAUUUCUCACAUUCAACCACAGGGCAAUUGUCUGACGAUGUCCAAGCAAAGAGGAAUCAAACAAUUCGAGACUGCUCACCAGCAGAGGGAGGGUGCUGGUUUCAUUGUAAAGCGACCCAUCGGUGGGCGAAUAUCCUAUUCCGAUCCCUUCCUCAUGUUGGACCAUUUUGGACCGGUGGUGCACAAACCAGGAGAGGCAGUGGGAGCACCUGAUCACCCACACAGAGGUUUCGAGACAGUCACCUACAUAAUUGAGGGUAGCUUUCAACACAAGGACAGUGUCGGCAACUCGGGACACCUCAAGGAAGGUUGGGUGCAAUGGAUGACUGCUGGCUCUGGUGUCGUGCAUGCUGAAAUGCCUGGAGAUGAUAUCAUGAAGAAUGGCGGUCGUGUGGAGGGAUUUCAACUCUGGGUAAAUCUUCCGGCCAAAGACAAGAUGAUUCCUCCUCGCUAUCAGGACACGGCUGCUGAGUUGAUCCCUACAGUGACAGAGCAGGAGGGGAAAGUGUGGGUGAAAGUAAUUGCUGGAGAGAGCCUGGGCACUCGAGCUGUGAUAGAGACAAGAACUCCGAUGAUGUACCUGGAUAUUCGACUGCAACCUGGGACAGUGUUCUCACAGCACGUGCCAGAGGAGUACGAUGGAUUCUGUUACGUGUAUAGGGGGCGUGGCUACCUUGGAGCUGAGAGGAGAGGAGCAGAGAUGGGACAAGUGGUGGUGCUCGAUAAGGGGUCAGAGUUCAGAAUGGAAGGUGGAGAGGACAGCGAGCUCCGUGUGCUACUAAUUGCCGGGAUUCCCCUCAACGAGCCAGUUGCCAGACGUGGUCCAUUUGUGAUGAACACUUGGGAGGAGAUAGAGCAGGCGUUUACUGACUAUCGGUCUGGGAAGCUGGGGAAGAUUGAGGGGGCGGAGGAGAGGUAUGCAGCAUCCCAACAAGCCAAGCAAAGACAGAAAGAGAGUGGAACAUGGCAAGCUGGGAAUAAGGAACUGUGAACUUUACCACCAUUGUUUGUUAUACAGCAUUACCUCGAUCAUGCAUGCAUGUGUAGCUAUAGUCUGUUAACAUGUAUAAUUAUACAGUCAUAAUAAUCUCAUGCUUUGAUCAUGUAUAAUUAUAGCUAUGUAUAGUAGCUAUAAUUGGACAUGUAUGUUUAUCGGAUACAAUG